AUGAUUAUUUUGGCUAUUGAAACUAGUUGUGACGAAACCAGUAUUGCUGUUUUACAAAAUCAGAAAGUCCUCAGUAAUAUUACUGUUUCGCAAAUAUUAGAGCAGCAAAAAUAUGGUGGGGUGAUGCCUAGUUUAGCAGCGAAAUUACAUUUAGUCCAUAUCCAAGAAGUUUUACGGCAAGCCUUAGCAACAGCCCGAAUUACUCCGGAAAAAAUUGAUUAUAUUGCCUAUACAGAGAAGCCGGGCUUGAUUAUUUGCCUUCAAAUUGGCAAAAUAGUAGCCGAAACUCUUUCUCUCUAUCUUAACAAACCGCUAAUUAAGUGUAAUCACCUCGAAGCCCACGUUUACGCAAGCCUGCUGGAAAAAGAUAUUGCUUGGGAAUUUCCGGUCCUGGCUUUAAUUAUUAGUGGGGGACAUACUCAACUUUAUCAAGUAAACAAUCAUGGUGCUUUUUCCCUCCUAGGAGAAACUAGCGAUGAUGCGAUUGGUGAAUGCUUAGACAAAUCAGCAAUUUUAUUAGGAUAUUCUUAUCCUGGUGGACCAAUUAUCGAACAAUUAGCCUUAACCGGUAAAAACACUUAUCAAUUGCCUUUACCCAAAAAUGAUAACAGUUUAGAUUUUAGUUUUAGUGGUCUAAAAAGUGCGGUGCGACGACUGAUUGAAAAAGAAGGAGAAAAGUUAAAUAUCCCUGAUUUGGCUUAUUCUUUACAACACACGCUAGCAAAAAUACUGGUUAAUAAAGUAUUCAAAGCCUUAGAACAACAAAAAUUUGCUAGUGUAGUUUGCGGUGGAGGAGUAGUUGCUAACCAAUUUAUCUUUAGUUAUCUAAAAAAAUCUUUGGUCGAAAAUUUUCCUACUGUUAAGUUAUUUGUGCCCGAAAAAAAAUACUGCACGGAUAAUGCGGCCAUGCCCGAAUUAACCGAGAAAUUUCGUGAAACAAUCAGACUUGAAAAUCCAGCCAGCGAAACAGAAAUCACAAAGAAGGAAACAGAAGUUGAAGAAAUUUUAAAAAAGGAAAUCUCCUUCGAGGAAAGCGAUGAGGAUAGAGACAAAAAAUUAAAGGAAUUUCAAAGGGAACAAUUAGAGGAUUUAAAGAAAAUUAGGGAUAAAAAGAAAGGUGAGGUAGAAGCGAAAAUUGCCGAAUUAAUAAAGGAAGUGGGAGAUGUAGAAAUAGAAGCAGAGAAAAAGGACGAUAAAGCAAGCAAGCCCGAGAAAAAAACAGGCCAGAGCGAGAGUGAUAAAAAAGAAUCAGCUCCCAAAACACCUAUAACAGCCAUCUUUGAAGAAGAAUUAAGAGCUUUGCAUGAAAAAGUUGAUAAAAACGCUGCUCCUCUCCCGCCAACACUUUCCAUGAACACGGCAAUGAUAAUGAAAAUUUUGAAAAGGUUGUUGGCUGUCGAGGAAGCACUAAAGAGAAUAAAAACCGGUGAUGACCAAUUCAAUUUACAAAAGGAAGAAUUUAAGCAUAUAUUUACCGAAAGUGAAUUAAAAGCUGAUUAUGAAGCUAAUGCACCAACUUUCGAACUACUUAAUAAGGCAUUGAAACGAUGGUUAAAACCCGAUGUAGUUAAUAACCCCAACGGUUAUAAAAUCUACGAAUUUGGAGCACGAACUCUUAAUGAUGACUAUACCCCAAUCCAAUGGAUUAGAGGUGAAACAGCAAUACUCCAACCUCAGGACAAAACCGGCAAGAAAAUUGGUUCUCCUUACAAUAAUGUUUUUUGUCCGGCCAACCCCGAAGAGAAAAAAACAAUGUUAGGAACAGGAACCGGCAAAUCAACUUUUUACACGAGAUGUGUGGCGUUUUUGUCACACUUGGGACUUAUUUAUGAAGACAUAGCAAGUCAAGGUAAACUCAAAACCUUGGAAAACAUUUAUGAAAAUGUAAAAAAAGACGAAGAGGGAAACGAGGUGCCUGAUAAAGAAAAGAAAGUAACCGUUUGUGUUUUUUGUGGUGGCUAUCAUACCGCUCAGUUUGAUGACAAAAAUCAGCCGACAAUAGACCCAAAAACCAAACAACAGCUAGGUAAAUACGAAAUUGUUGAUAACGGACCAAACGUAGUAUUGUUUGACGAAGCUCAUACCGAUUUACCUUGUUAUCGAGCUUUAAUCGAUGGUUUGCUAAGUAACAAAAAAAUUCGUCGCUUCAAAAUAGUUCAAAUGUCGGCUACUUUCACUGACGUUCCUACUUCCCGUCGCUUAACGGGAAAUAUCACUGACUAUUGGUUACAAUCCAAAACCAAAGUUUUAAUACUAAACGAGGCGGUAAAAGACUAUGCUACUGACAUAGUGAAAAGCAUGGAGGCACCAUUAGUGGUUAUUGCUAGUCGUGAUUACUCAGUGGGUUUUUCUUUCGGUGAUGUUAACGUGAUAUCAACUGGGGCUUCAAAGAGAAAAAUAGUAGUGGAGAAGGAUGGGAAAUGGGUAAAUAGUGAAAUAUCAGACCAAAAUAGUCCCUUCGAUGAUUUAUUACAAGAAAGAGGACGAGCUGCUCGCGAUAAGGAUUAUCUAGCCCCAUAUGUUUUGAUUGGUAAAGAUGUUCCUUCCAAAGAAUUACAAACUGAAUUAAAGAAAGACAGCGUUAACAAAAUUUCCAACGUUUUAGUGAAAAAAUUAGUUAAUUUUUACAGCAUUCCCGAACCAUUGCCGCCAAUCAAAUCAAAAGAUGGAAACAGAUAUCUUAACUUAAUACUGAUAAAGUUUAUUAAAGAAUCCUUAGACCCAGACAAAUUGUUUACAAUAGUUGAAUUUACUAACAAAUUAUUAGAUUUCUUUAACCCAAAAGAACUGACUUUUAUAUUAAUAGAAGCCACUAAGGACAAAAUAAGAGCUAUUUCCGAAGAAUAUGAUUGGUAUAAAACACCAGAACCCGAUGACGAUUAUGUGUUUAAUAAUGAAAAAGAAGCCAGAGAAGUUGGAUUCUUGUUACAAGCCCGAGAAACACCGCGAGGUUAUGAAAUGGAAUCACCAAAAGUAGAAGGUGGUGAGGAAAUGCAAUGA